GUGUAACUACUCUUCUGACGAUGACCACCCAAAGCUCCGGCAUCAACGCUAAACUUCCCCCUGUUUCCUACACCAAGGCUAUAGAUGUCUGGAUUGGUGUCUGCUUAGCAUUCAUUUUUGGUGCGCUGCUUGAAUUUGCAUUGGUCAACUAUGCGGCCCGAAAGGAUAUGACCACUGGACAGCGAAUGGUUUGUUCGUUUUGGGCCCCAUAAUA